UGUACUUGUUUUUGCCGUUUGAUUAAUAAAACAACAACAAAAGAGCAACACUCCUAUUCUAAGAAUGGAUGAACACAGUUCCGUGCAAACAGUGGACUGGAAGAAGACUGAGGAGGCGGUGGCAAACUUCCGACGGUUGCUACUUUGUUCCAAAUGUUCAGAUUUGAUGAAGGAACCUGUUUGCUUAGGUUUAUGUGAGCAUAUGCUGUGCAGGUCCUGUGCUGGGCCACGUGCAGGAGAUGGCUGUGUGGUGUGUCACAGCCCUGCGUGGGUGAAGGACAUCCAAAUCAACAGGCAGCUCAGCAGCAUCAUAGAACUCUUCUGUGGCUUAGAGUCCCUGCUCAAUCCUAUUAAAAAUCCAGAUUCAUCUGUGGCUGAGAUUCAGCCUGAUGGCCCUGUACUUAAAAACAACAAGAAGAAUUUUAAAAUCUGGUUCAGUCCCCGCAGCCGCAAGGUACGCUGUACAGUCGAAAAGGCUGCAGAGAUCACCGUACUGGACAGCAGGUCUCCUGGAGAAACAGCUGCAGCACAGCAAGACACCCUCACUGCUCAAUGCCAGGACCUGUCAGUUUUCAAUUUCACCUCGUCCUCCCAAGACUCCGGCUCCUCUUCUUCUCAAAGAUGCAACAGUGAAACAAAAAACAACAGGAAGAAGAGGUCAACUAAGAAAAAUGCUACCAGCAGGAAUGUGCCGGUGCAAGAAGCCACCAGAACCACACGAAAACAGACGAAGCAAAAUUUGAAGAAGAAAAGGUUGGAAGCCAUAAACCAGCAAUGGGGAAUCUCAAAAGAGGCUCAUCUCUCUGAAAAUGAGCAGGUGUGUGCUGAUGGAGCAAGAAGGUCCAGUAAAAGGGUUUCUUUCCUCAGCCCUGUUGUCACUUCUGAUGGGCCUCAGCCUGAGAUGGCACAGCGGAGCACUGACAGACUCAGUCCUGCCAGGAGCACAGUGAGAGAGAGUCUCUCAGAAGGUAGCAAGACUGUACUGAACUGCCAAACUGAACCUGUUCAACCCUCGCUGGAAAGUGCCUUUCAGCAUGACCAGCUGUCUGCAGAUGUACCCAAACCAAAUGAUAACCCCAAAAACCACAAGAACGUGUCUCCUUCCGAGCAUUCCUCAAAAAGAUCUAGGACCGAAGACAGAAACAGCACUUUAGACAACACUCCAAAAAGACCAAGACCUUCUCCAGGCAGAAGGGGGAGAAAAUCAUUGAGUCCGAUCUCUCCAGUUGUGCUAAAUCCUCCAUCUCUGACUACCCCUAAGAGCACCAAAAAGUCCAGAAAAGAGGGCAGAGGCAGCCCCUCUGUUCAAGCCAGCCCCUCCACAGAAAGUUACAGGAGAUCUUCCUGUUUUAAUGGUGCAUCUGUUGGACGGUCCAGUCCAGGAAGCCCUGCAGUUAUGAAGAGGAACCACAAGGGAGAGACCCUGCUUCAUCUAGCUGCAAUCAAGGGAGAUGUAGAGGCUGUCAAGGAUCUUCUGGACCAGGGGGCUGACCCCAAUCUAAAAGAUAAUGCGGGGUGGACACCUCUGCAUGAAGCAUGUAACCUGGGUCAUCUGGCAGUUGUGGAACUACUGGUCUCAAUGGGAGCCCUCUUGAACACGCCUGGGUAUGAGAACGACUCCCCACUACACGAUGCUGUCAGGAAUGGACAUUCAUCUAUUGUAAAGCUACUAUUGCAGCUUGGCGCCUCACAGAACGUAUUAAAUCUGUAUGGAAAGCGGCCUGCAGAUUAUGCAGCGAGUCUGGAGAUCCUGGAGAUUUUCCAAGAAGCCUCAGAAGGAACUCAAUAUGCAAAUGCUCGUACAUCUCAUAGCCCCUCAGCCAGUCUCUCCGUGGUAAAUGACUGUGUGAGGAGGGAACAAACCAUGGUGCUUUUGUCCAGCAAGCUCUCACCAGCUGAACGGCAUCAACUGGUCAAACUGGGACAGCUACUGGGAGGGAGGAUGGCUGACACAUUUUCUGGCUCAGUGAGUCACAUUGUGGUGCCGGAAGGGCAAAUGCCCACCACCUACUCCACCCUCAUGGGUCUUCUUGCUGGCUGCUGGAUUGUUAGAUACAAAUGGGUGGAGGCAUGUCUCCAGGCGGGGAAGUGGGUGCCUGAAGCUGAGCAUGAAGCAGGAGAAGGCCCCCAGCGAAGUCGCAUCAACAGAUGCAGCUUGCUUCCACCACUGUUCGAUGGAUGUUUCUUCUUCCUUCUUGGCUCUUUUAAGACGCCUACCAAAGAUGAGCUCACAAAACUACUCAGGGAGGGAGGAGCUCAGCUACUGAACCGGCAACCCAAGCCAGACAGUGAUGUGACUCAAACUGUGAAUGCCGCAGCCUAUCAUGCCCUGCCAGGGUCCGACCAGGCCCUUUGCACACAGUACAUCAUCUAUGACCCUCAAGGCCCUCACAAGCCGUCAGUAGUGAGACGAGGCAAGGUGUGGUCAGCUCCCACCACCUGGGUCAUCAAUUGCAUCACUGCCUUCAGCCUCCUCCCUGUACCAAACCCUGAACUAUUGGUCUAAAUUUGUUAAAUAAUUAUGUUUGCACCAAACAACUUACCCAUAAGCAUGGCCAUAAUGUGUAUGUAUGUCUUUUUUUGUUGUUGUUUAAUCUGUGGAGAUUAAGUGGAUAUAGUGAGUCAUAUACAGAAUAAUGAAACAAUAAUGUUGCUAAUUUUAAUGGUCCAUACUUACAGUGUAAAAAUAAAGUACAAAUCUGUCUAGAGAUAGAUGGAUAGAUAUAGAUUAUUUUUUUCACAAGUCUGAGAAUCUGACUUAUAUACAGUAUGAUUGAACUUUACAAUAGAAGAUUUGACACUACAAUUGAUGCAAAAAAGUGUGGAAAUAAAGUUGUGUUGCACACAAAUAAAAAUAAAUGAAAAAUAAAAAGAGAAGGAAAGAGGUUAUAUUAGAAAA